AUGGCAACGAGUAUUCCCGUACAGAUGACUAUGGGCAAUAAUGGUCACAAGCAGGCCAAUGGAUCAAUCCCAGUUCCGUCACCACAACCAAUGGCACCACCUACUAACCCGUCCAACAUUUUGAUGGAAACUACAGCAGGGACAUGGCUUGCGAUUGGGUCGUUGGCAGAGAGCUUGGGAGACGUAGAAAAAGCGUUGGCGUCAUACGAUUCGGCUUUGAGACACUCUCCUAACAACCCGGAGAUCUUGACCAAGUUGGCUAACAUGUAUAGGUCGAAGGAUGUGUUUUUCAAGGCUGCUGAGUUGUAUGAACAAGCGUUGAACUUCCACCCAGAGAACGGUGAAACGUGGGGAUUAUUGGGACACUGCUACUUGAUGUUGGACGAUUUGCAAAGGGCAUAUGCGGCGUAUCAAAGAGCCUUAUAUUAUUUGGAUAAUCCAAAUGUUCCUAAGUUAUGGCACGGUAUUGGUAUUUUAUAUGACAGAUAUGGUUCGUUAGAAUAUGCCGAAGAAGCCUUCGUUCGGGUCUUAGAAUUGGACCCCAACUUCGACAAAUCAAAUGAAAUUUAUUUUAGAUUGGGGAUUAUUUAUAAGCAUCAAGGUAAAUUACAGUCGGCACUUGAAUGCUUCCAAUAUAUCUUGAGCAACCCACCACAUCCAUUAACACAACCGGAUGUUUGGUUCCAAAUCGGUUCCGUAUUGGAACAACAAAAAGAUUGGAAUGGGGCCAAGGAAGCUUACGAAAAGGUGUUACAAGUCAAUCCCCAACAUGCAAAGGUAUUGCAACAAUUAGGUUGUUUGUACUCUCAAGCAGAACCCACUCCAUCAGGAAAUUCCAACCAGCAACCUUUCCAACAAGAUUUAAACAUCGCCUUGAAGUAUUUAUUACAAUCUUUAGAGAUCGACCAAUCAGAUGCACACUCAUGGUACUACCUUGGUAGGGUUCAUAUGAUUAGAGGGGAUUUCAAUGCUGCUUAUGAAGCGUUCCAACAGGCAGUCAACAGAGACUCCAGAAACCCUACAUUUUGGUGUUCUAUUGGUGUUUUGUAUUAUCAAAUUUCUCAAUAUCGCGAUGCUUUAGAUGCUUAUACGAGGGCCAUUAGAUUGAACCCUUACAUCAGUGAGGUUUGGUACGAUUUAGGAACAUUGUAUGAGACUUGUAAUAAUCAAAUUAGUGAUGCGUUGGAUGCGUAUAGACAGGCCGAACGAUUAGAUCCAAGUAACCCUCAUAUUAAGGCAAGAUUAGAUCAAUUAAUCAAAUACCAACAAGACGGUAAUACUCAACCACCUCAACCGCCACCAGUUAGCCAACAACCGAAAUUACCACUGGGGAUGAUUUUAGAAAGCACCCAAAUGCAACAACAAGGUCCCCAACAACCCCAGUUAUUACCAGGACACCCACCUCCACCAGCACAACAACAAUCACAAUUACACCAACAACCACCUCUUUUGCAACCUCACCAACAAGGACCACCACCUCCACAUUCACUCCCACAACCACCUCAAAUUUCUCAACCUAAUCAGCCUGCAGUUUCACCAAUUCCACCUGUCCAUCAACCUCCUCCACUUGCCCAAUCAAACCCACAAACAUCGUACCUUCCAAGUAUUCCUCAGCCACCAUCGCAAAUUCAAUCGUCUACGAAUACACCAAGCCAAACAAGUGCUAAACCACCAUCACCACCACCCCAAUCAAAUUUACCACCACCUCAAAAUUCGCCACCCCAAAAGAGUACUUCGAUUCCUUCAAUUCAGCAAAAUAAUGGCACAAAGCGUGAUUUGGAAGAUAAGAAGGAUACCAAGGUUACGAAGAAACAAUCAAAGAAGAGUGCAAAGUCGCAACAAAAUAGUCCUUUAAACUCUUUAGCUAAUGCUGCAAAUAACGCUAGUUCCGCCAAGUCAGAGACACCGAAGACAGAUGAACGUGAACCAAAGUCCACCAAACAAAGUCCAAAAUCUGAUAAGGAAAGCUCGAAGUCUAAGACUGAGAUACCUCAAUUUUCUUCAAACGUUACCGGUAAAAAGGAAGACGAAGAAGAGGAAACAGAGGAAAAGAAACCUUCUGAACCAGUUGAACCACCAUUGAGAAGAGUUGAUGAGGAUGAAAAUUACGAUGAUGAUUAA